AUGAUGUCGAGAACUGUAUCAUCCUGGAUCUUAAGCUCAGCAAGAAACAGCAUUGUUUUACAAGGAAAAGGACGUUUGUAUUCCAUCUGUACCCCAAAUAGAAACAAGAUAAAAUGGAAGCUCAUUUUCUCCAAAACAUGUCUCUAUCCUGCUGGGAGCUGCAGUUUAGACAAUACUUUCUCCUUAAAAAAAGCAUUCCGACACACUUCCACUGAAGAAGAACAUUUCUCUUUCCAGUUGUCUCCAACACAAAUCAAUGAUAUACUCAGAGCAGGUGAAUUAUGCCACAGAACACUGGAUUUGAAUGGUAAAAAUGCAAGUUCUGUGUUGAGGUUUGAAAGUAAUCAGUUGGCAUCUAAUACCCCUAUUGAAGACCGCAGAAGUGCAGCCACUUGCUUGCAGACCAAAGGGAUGAUGUUUGGAGUCUUUGAUGGUCAUGCAGGUUCUGCAUGUGCUCAGGCAGUAAGUGAGAGACUUCUUCAUUAUAUAGCGGUUUCUCUCAUGUCUCGGCAAACCUUGGAAGAGAUCGAGCUUGCUGUGGAGUGCAUGAAACCAGUUCUGCCUAUUCUGCAGUGGCACAAGCAUCCAAAUGAUGUAGAGUAUCAAGAAAUAACUUCACAAUAUUUUGAAAACCUCCGUGUUUACUGGCAACAUCUACUGGACCUAGACACUGAGCCAGGAUUUAGCUUAGAAGAAGCCAUGAUAUGUGCAUUUAAAAGGUUAGACUCAGACAUAUCAUUGGAAGUUCAGGCUCCCCAGGAAAAUGAAUUGAUGAGAAACAUUGCCCUUCAAGUAGCUUUUUCUGGUGCAACAGCCUGUGUAGCUCACAUUGAUGGUGUUCACUUACAUGUUGCAAAUACUGGUGAUUGCAGAGCAAUUUUAGGGGUUCAUGAAGAAGAUGGAACAUGGUCUACUCUCCCUCUAACUCGAGACCACAAUGCCUUCGAUGAAUUUGAAAUUCGAAGACUGAAGAAAGAACAUCCUAGAUCUGAGGAGAAAACCCUAUUUGUGAAUGACAGGUUACUGGGGAUUCUUAUGCCCUCGAGAGCUUUUGGAGAUGUGCAAUUAAAAUGGAGUAAAGAAUUGCAACACAGCAUUCUCGAUAAUAGCUGUGAUGUUGAGGCUUUAAAUAUUUACCAGUACGUUCCUCCAAACUACCAUACACCCCCUUAUUUAACUGCAGAGCCUGAAGUCACAUACCACAAAUUAAGAAGCAAGGAUAAGUUUCUAGUUAUUGCUUCAGAUGGACUAUGGGAGAUGCUAAGUAAUGAGAAGGUAGUAAAACUUGUUGCUAGACACCUUACAGAGCUUAAUGUGCAGAAACCACAAGUGGCUUUUGAGAAACCAGUUAAUUUGGGUUAUAUGCACAGCUUGUUACUUCAGAGGAAAAACAGAGGCAUUGCCUCACUUGACCAGAACAUAGCUACUCACUUAAUAAGGCAUGCAAUUGGAAGUAAUGAGUAUGGGGAGGUGGACCAAGAGAAACUUGCUGCAAUGCUGACGCUGCCUGAAGACCUUGCAAGAAUGUACAGAGAUGAUAUCACAGUUACUGUGGUGUAUUUUAAUUCAGAAACAAUUGAAAAUUACUACAGAAACAAUGAAUAGAGACUUGCGCUGCUGCUAUUCUAUACCACUAGCCAGCUUUGAUGCUGAAGCCGUUACUGCUUUUCUCUGAUAGUCAACUUGAUA